AUGUCUCUUCGGUUAUUUGCCCGUCUAUUACACACGAGCAGACCUGUGGCAAACAGGGCCCCAAGAUUCAUCUACCCUGGUACCGCCAAACCUGCCAUCUCUGUUCCUGCAAUUCCAAACAUCAAAACCUCGUCAGUUAUUGACCAUCCAAACUCUAUUGCCCCAUCAAUUCCAGAACUUGAACGCACUAGAGUGGUCCCAACUUUAGAAACUUUCUAUUCUUCUAAUCCAAUCCACGAGAAGAACAUGCGUGAUUUAAAUGACUUGCUCAACCGUUACGCUUCAACACCUUAUACUAUAAAUUCCGAAGAAUCAGCAAAACAUAAUAAAACCUACCGUUGGCUAAAUAUCAAUGAAUAUCGUCUUAUUGCUGCAGGGACUCGUUUGAAGACCAUUCAAUAUUCCAAGCUUGUUGAACUCUUACAAAGAUUGGAUGCCAUUGAUAAGCAGCUUGUGGACAAGCAGUUCAUGGCUACUUUGGACCGUUUCAAGAAAUCUGUUUCAGAUUCUUCUGCUGGCGCAUCAGUAAAGCAAUUGGACGAAUUUGGCAGAGCCAUUGCUGUUGGUGGCAGAAAGUCCAGUAGAGCUAAAGUUUAUCUUGUAAGAGGUGAUGGUAAAAUCAUUGUUAACGGUGAAUCAUUAUCAAAAAUGUUCCCUAGAUUGACUGACAGAAAUAAGAUUCUUUAUCCUUUGAAGGUUGUUGAUGGUGAAGGUAGCUAUAAUGUCUUUGUCAAAUGUUCCGGUGGUGGGGUUUCUGGUAAGGUUGGUGCUAUCGCUCACGGUAUUGCCAGAGCUUUGCUUAUCUUCAACCCAUUAUUGAAACCAAGAUUGAAGAGAGCCGGUGCUACCACCAGAGAUGCAAGAAGAGUCGAAAGAAAGAAGCCUGGUAAGGUUAAGUCUAGAAAGUCUCCUACCUGGGUCAAGCGUUGA